AUUUACUAUUUUGUAUACAAUAUUGAAUAUACAGAUGUAGAAUAAGAAAAUCUUUUAGAAAGUGUUAUAAAUGUGAGUUCAAUGUUUUGAAAUUAUUUAGUUUAAAAAUAAAUCAGAAUACUGCGUUCUACGUUUAUAAUAAAAACAUAAUUUUAGCUAUAAAUAUUAACAAAUAUAAUGGAGACUAAUCAUUGUACUUAAAAUGGGUACUUGUUGCAGUCGUCAUUCGCCAGAUCCCACCCAUCAUCUGGUUUUGCAUCAUGGUUUCAAAAUACAAGAUACUAUAGAUGUCUUGAAUAAAGGUUCUAGUGAAGUGCGUUAUGUGGCUGAUUUGAAUCGUCAACAUGGAACAGCAAGCAUUAAACGCCAUGGUGUUGACAUUAUACGUACUCCAACAUCAACACUUCAUUCAUCUUUACAUGGACGAAUUGUGGUUGCUGUUUAUAAUUAUCAGUCCAGGGAGAUGUCUGAUGUAUCAUUUGUUAAAGGAGAUCGAAUGGAGCUAUUAGAUGACAGUGAACCAGAUUGGUGGCGUGUAAGACAUUUGAGAACAAAUGAAGAAGGAUUAAUACCUUGGAAUUUUGUUGCCGAAGAAAAAUCAGUCGAGAGUGAAGAUUGGUUUUUUGGAAAAAUAUCUCGUAAAGAAGCGGAAAAACUUUUAUUAUCUGAAGAAAAUCAAAGAGGAACAUACUUAGUACGUGAUUCAGAACACAAUCCAAAUGGCUUUUCUCUUAGUGUUAAAGAUUGGGAAGGAGGUCGAGGGUAUCACGUGAAACACUACAAAAUAAAAUCUCUUGAUAAUGGUGGUUAUUACAUUGCUACUAAUCAGACUUUUUCUAGUCUUCCUGAGCUCAUAUCUGCCUAUUCUAAAAAUUCAUUGGGAUUAUGUCAUGUUUUGGCGCGUUCGUGUUGUAAGCCACAACCACAAAUUUGGGAUCUAGGUCCUAAUUUACGUGAUCAGUGGGAAAUAGAUCGAAGCGAAAUCCAAUUAAUUAGAAAACUUGGCCAUGGUAAUUUUGGUGAAGUUUGGUAUGGUAAAUGGCGAAACAAUAUAGAAGUAGCUGUGAAAACACUUAAACAAGGCUCUAUGUCUACCCAAGCAUUUUUACAAGAAGCUUCUAUAAUGAAAAAGUUUCGACAUGAUCGACUUGUUGCCCUGUAUGCUGUUUGUUCAAAAGAUGAACCUGUACUAAUAAUACAAGAAUAUAUGUGUAAUGGAAGUUUAUUGGAUUUUUUGCGAAAUUGUGAUAGUAAAUAUUUGCAAUUUGGUGAUUUAAUCUACAUUGCUGCUCAAGUUGCUAGUGGAAUGGCAUAUUUGGAAUUAAAGCAAUUAAUUCAUCGGGAUUUGGCCGCAAGAAAUGUAUUGAUUGGAGAAAAUAAUAUGGCUAAAAUUUGUGACUUUGGUUUAGCGAGAAUCAUAGAAGAUGAUGAAUAUUGUCCUAGGCAAGGUACUCGAUUUCCUGUAAAGUGGACUGCACCUGAAGCUAUUGUGUAUGGGCGUUUUUCAAUUAAAUCAGAUGUAUGGUCUUUUGGAAUAUUACUUAUGGAAUUAUUCACAUAUGGGCAAGUCCCAUACCCAGGUAUGCAUGGCCGUGAAGUAAUUGAACAAGUGGAACAUGGAUAUCGUAUGCCAAAGCCAGUUUCUCAUUUCAUCCCUGAUGAUAUAUACAGACUGAUGUUACUGUGUUGGGACUCGGAUCCAGACAAACGACCUACAUUUGAGUUCCUGAAUCAUUAUUUUGAAGACUUCACUAUUACUUCUGAAAUACCGUACAGGGAAGUAAGUGAUUAAAUGAUAAAUUCUAGCACCAAUACCCAAAUGUGCCAUACUGGGUUGCUGCAAGCAUUUAAUAUUGUCAAAUUAUGAAAAAUGUGUUUCAAGUUUAAAUGACUCGCUAAAUUAAACAAUAUUGAUCUUAGGAAGAAAUAUACAUUUUAAACUAUACCUACUACUUUGGUUUAUCAUUAACUUACUAACAAUUAUUUUAUUUUUUCUUAAUUUUUUAGAUCUCAUUUUGUUUUGUUUUAUUUUAUUUUAUUUUAUUUUAUUUAUUGUACUUAUUGAUUGUUGUUAUUUUUUUUUCAUUUAAUUUUAAACUCUAUAAACAUCACAUUUUGCCAAAUUUAAAAAUUUAAGAAAUUAUUAUAAUUUUGAAAAUUUUUAUUGUACCUUAAGAAGAUUAUCACUUAUAUAAUAUAUUCAUUAAUAAUUUAAAUUGAAUUAAUAUAUAAAAAAUAUGGGUAUUAAAACUCAUUAUACCUGAUGAUUUUCAGUAAAUAAAUAACUUCUUUCAAAAUUUUUUUUUGACAAAAAAAAAAAAAUCAAAAAAAUCAUGAAGCAUGUUAUUUAGUAUUUUUUUUUAUUUUAAAAAUCAUCUUGUAUAUAAUGUUUAUUAUACUAAAUUAUAAAUUAAAAAUAGUUUAUUUUAUACUGUGUCAUAACUCUUAAGCAACGUAAUAAUUAAUAAUAAUAAUCAUAAUCCUAAUAUAUUGAAAAUAAUUUAUUUACAUAAAUUGACAAACAAAAUUUAAAGUAAUGUUUAUUUAUAAUAAUUAAUAAACAAUGCAUUUAAUUUUUUAUUAUUAUCAUUCAAUUUAAAAUUUAGAUUGAAAAAUGAUCUUUUAAAACAUAAAAUUAUAGGCCCAUUUGAUUAUAUGAAGAAAUUUAAGCAAUUGUUUCUAAAAAUUCUAAAAAAAAAUACGAUUUCUCUGUAAAUAUAUUUACUGUUCUUAAAUGUACUAUCCUAUAAUAUCAGUAUUAUUAAAUAAGAUAAGCUUUAAUUUAUACCAGCUUACUAUCAUAAAUCCAUAUCAUAAAAUUCAAGUUUCUAAUAAUUUAUGGAAGUUUAGUGAGGUUCAAGUCUCUUUUUUGUAUUUUUAUUUUUAGUUCUUUACUUAUUUAUUUAUCUAAAAACAUAUAAUGACAGCCUUAAUGUAUUCAGCUAAAUUUUACAUAAGUGACAUAAAAUUUUAAAAUUUUAAAUGUACCAUUUUUGUAUGAACUUGAUUGUAUAAAUAAUAUAAAAUGAAAUAUUGAGUGUACCAAUAAACUUAAAUUAUGAAAUGUAACUUAAGUUUAGAAAUUAUUAGACUACAAUUAAUACUUGAAAUUAUGUGUGCAGUGCACAAUUGUUGAAAUACACUAUUUGCAAUUAAAAUAAUGAAAUUAUGCAACUUUUUUUUAUUUUCAUUAAUAAUUGUCAAAUUUAAAUAAAUAAAUAACCAAACAAUAUAACAUUUUUAAUUUAUUAUUAAAAAUGGCUUUUGUUACUGUGAAACAAAUUUGUUGAUUUAUAACUAUAAUUAAAAACUUUUCAUUGAUUUUUCUUUUUAAAUUUCAUUAAAAAAUUAACUCUGUAGAAUAUUUUCCAACCAAUACAUGACAAAACAAACACCCAAUAUACAUUUUUUAUUAAUCAAAGUUUUAUGGUCCAUCUUAAUCCAUGAAUUAAUUGUUUAAAAUAGGAACAUAUUAAUACAUUAAAUAAGUUGAAUUCAAUUCUAAAAAUAAAUGUAUUAUAAUAUUGUAAGAUUUUUUUUAAAUAACUUUGAAAAAAGAAAUUUGUUAUUUUUCCUGGCUUCAAAUAUUUUAACUUUGUUCAAAUACGAAUCCGUCCUAUUAUACACCUAUAAAAAAUUAAAACAUAACCAGUAGGCUGUAAGUAUACAUCUGAUAUGAUAUUUGUUCUAUAUGUAACAUACCAGGUAAAUCAAGUCUUGUUUAUGAGUUUGUGACUUACCACAAUAUCAAGUUUAAUUUGUGACCUACUAAGAUGACAAAUAUUGACAAUAUAUAUAUUAUGUAGUAAUAAUAAUUAUAUCUAUUACAAAUUAUGCUACUGUUAUAUAUUGUGAUUUUUGUAAUAUUAGAUGAAUUGAGAUGAUCAUCAUAAAACAAUCAAUUAUACAAAAAAGUUGUUCAUUUAACUAACAAUAGGCUCACACAAAACUCAUUAAAAGUUCAUGGGUAGCAUUGAAAUUCAAAAUGAUCAAAAAAACAUUUGGAACUAUUAGGUUGCUUGGGCUUUUAAUUCAGGGAUGAUAACAAUUUUAUGGAAAAAGUGUAUUUCUAAAACUAUAUUUUUAAACUUUUUUUAUGGUUAUAAUUAUAAACUUAAUAAUAUAACUUUUUUAAUUAUGAUUUCUUACAAUAAUUGUAAUUAUAUAUAUAUUACAAAAAGAAUGUGUUACAAACAUAUUAAGUGUCCAUUUUUAUUUUAUGUUUGUAUAGUAAUAACAAAAAUUAUAUAAAAAUAAUUUAUUUUGUUUUAUGUCUAAAGUAUACUUUUUUAUGAAAAAUAAGUAACUAAUGUUGGUAAAAUGUAUGUGGUAUUAUAAAUAUAUUAUCUUAUAUUGUCUGGUAGGUCACUUAUUGAAUGAAUACUUAUAGAAUUUGUAUAUUUAUGUUUUUAAGAUAAUCUUUCUCUAAAUAUAAUUAUAUAUAUAAAAAAAAAAAAUGAUUAGGUUAAAAAUGAUGAUGUAUGAAAAAAUAAAAAAUUACAAAUCAACAGUUAACAUUCUAAAAAAAAUUAUGUAUAUUAUACAAUAUGUUAACAUACAGAUUAACUAAUCAUAUUUUUUAUAUUCGACCAUCUGUCAAUUAAGACAUUUCAAUAAGAUAAUUAAUACCUAAUACUAUUUUAUGAAUAUUUAUAGUUUGUAUGAAACUAUCUAUAUUAAAAGUAUUAAAUCUUAUAAAAUCAUUUAUGGGGCAAUUAUUAAUAACAAGAAUAAAUAAUUUAAUUAAUAAGUACAUAAAAAAUAAUUACAAUUAUUUAUUAUUAUUAUUAUUUUUUAUUUAAUUUAAUUAUUAUUUUUUUUAAACUUAAUAUUUUGUUACUCACUCAGUUAACUAAAUUAAUUAUUAAAAAUAAUAUAGAUCUUAAAUUUAAAAUCUAUAUUUUAGUUAACAAAUUAUAAUAUUAUGCUUUGAAAACUAAAUACUCACUUAUAAAUCAUAAAAAAAAUGUAUACAAAAUUAAUUUCUGAAACACAAUAACAGAUAUCAUAAUAUAAUUAUCUAAAUUUUAAAAUGUAAUUUAUUAUUUUUUAUAUACUGAUAUAAAUUAACAGUUAUGAAACAAAUAAUAUAAAUAAAUUUUCUUUAAAAAUUUGAAUAUAUUAUUCACUUAUAUUCAUUUAUAAAUUUUACCUUUUCCCUUGAAUUUUGUGUUGAAUAAAUCAAUCAGGUAUGAGAUUUUGUCAUCAACUAUUUAUUAAUUAAUUUAGAAACAUUUGUUUGAAAUGUAUGCCGCUAAUUUAUUAUUAUGAUGCUAUUUUAAUAUUUAAUAUUUAGUUCAAUGAACUCUUCAUAUUUAUUAUUUAUUCAUUCAAAAGUUAUUAAUUUCAUUGUUUGUUGUAAGUUAAAAAUAUUUUUUUUUUAAAGUUUAAAUUAGUUAAUCAAUAUGGUAUAAUAAAAAUAUUCUUAUUUUAUUAAUUUAUAAAGUACUCUGAAUGUAUGUAGAUAUACAAAUAUUGGAGUAAAAUUCUCUAAAUAAUGUAAUAUAUGUAUACUCUAUUUAGUAAAUUGCCUAUGACUGUAAUGUUAUUGAAUGUUUGUCUAAAAUAUUACGUUGUACUGAACACUUUUUUUAUUCUACAAAACACUUAUUUUUAGUAUUUUAUUAUGUUACUAGUCAUCUAACAUUUAAUUAAUGCAAAUAAGGAACUAAAAGAAUAUUUAUUUAUUUUUGUAUAAAAACAGAUAAUACAGUUAAUGAUCUUAAAAUUAGAAAUAGCAAUAUCUUAACAAUCUUAGAUCUGUAUUUUUAUGAUCGUAGAAUUAUAUUAAAAUUAUUGAAAACUAUUACAUUUUGUAAAAUAAAAUAUAAAAAUGUUUUGAAUAAGUUAGUUUUUGGUUAUUAACCUUUAAUGUCAUGGCAUAGCAUAAGACCACGAUGUUGCUCACGCAAAAAAUUUUUUUUCAAUUCAAAUAAUAAUAAUAAAUUUAGUAACAUUUUACUAAUCAUCAAAUUUUUAUUAUUAUACUAAAAAUUAUGAAAUAUUUUUUUUUUAUUCUUAAUUAAAGUUUAUUAGUAGUUACAUUUAAAUUAAUUCAUUUUAAAUUUUUGGAUUAUAUAUAAAUAAAUAAAAAAAAAAAUGAUAUUAAGCAUAAUACUUAUAAAAAAUAGACUAUAUUAAAUAAUUAUCCUGGGUGCGCCAUUAAAGAUUAAUAAUCAAAUUUAUUCAAUAAUAUUUCUUAUGAUUCUUAUUUUAUUCCUAAAACAACUGUAUUUUAUUUCUGUGUUUAUAUGAUAAUUUAUUCAUCACAUUAAUAAUAAUAAUAAUAGAUGUAUUUUUGAUUUGAAAAGUUUUGACUCAUUUGUACUCUUUUAAACAUGUUUAUUUUUACCAAAUAUUUUACUUAUGCAAUGUACCUAUAUACUUAUAUAUUAUAUUUAAUUAUUUUAAUCUAAACAAUAAUUUUGUGUGCAUUUUUAAAAUAACUUAUUUGAAUAUAUUGUGAAUUUUCACACAUUAUAAUGCAA